CAUUUUUUGGCAUCAAAUAAAUAACACAAAUAAUGAAUGAUUUCUAUUCAUUGGAUUCAAUACUCGAAGAAAUGAUUUUCGCACGAAAAGACAAACCGAUGGCAUACAAGCGGUACUCAAAACUGCUGAUCAGUGGCCGACAUGAACCGGUCGUGGACUUCACGAUGAAGUCAAUGAUAAUGUGUUUCCUGCCGAACGGCGUUCCCGAAGAGGAACUCAUAUUCCGCGACCCGAGCGCCGUCUCCUCGUUCUUCCUCAACCUGUGCCGCGACUACCCGUGGAUUGUGGGCCGGGAGUUGACGCACGCGGACGCCACCCGACGCUACCGAAUGGCACUCAUAAUGCGGUCACUGUUUUCGCUGAAGAAGUCUUUGCCGACGAUUAAUGUGUGCAAAGAGUUGUUCGCCGAACCCGUGGCACCCAUUUGGCGCUCAUUCCUCGCCUUAAUGUCGGACCCGGAGCCGGACGUACGCAUCGUUUGCCUCCAAACCGUUGAAGUGUUGCUGAAGACGCAGAUCGACGAGCAGAUAGUGUCGGAUCUGAUCGCGAGUCUCAGCAAAAGGCUGCGAGACGUGGAGCGACUGAUCCGCUGCGAGUCGACCCUCGUCGUCGACCACUGCCACCGAUUGGAGGCUAUUGUCGACCGGAAUCUUAUGAGACAUUUUGUCGCCAGAAUUGGUGACCAAUCGCUGGAUGUCCGCAAACGGGCGCUGGUCGGCGUGUCCAACGUUUUCCAUACCAUUCACCGCAAGUAUCACAAAACGGAACAAUACUUCUUCUAUAAGCUGUCGACCGCCUGUCUCUUGCGGUACACCAUCACUGACAUCGAGGAAGAAAAAGCAUUCAUUGAAAUGAUUUUUGUGAUCAAUUUGUUGGACACGAAGUCGGGAAGUGCUGUGAAAAUGGCGAACCUCUUGGAGCUGAUCUGUCUGUGCGAUGACUGCGGCGUUCAGUCCAUAUCACAGGUGUUUCGCAAUCAAUUCAAGUUAAGGACAUUAUUCGCGAAACUAAUCUAUUGUACGGAAAGGCAUCACUUCAACACAUCCAUCGUUAAGGCCAAUCAUAAAGUGUACAAAAGUCUGGAGAAAGCGUUUGAUUACAUCGACGGAAGCGAUGACGUGCUGAAGAACUUUCAUCUAUUGCUCAAAGACUAUGACAAACAAGGAUUGGAUGAAUUGAAGUGCGUUUUCGAGACAAAGACAGCACUGGAUUGUCGCCAAUCAGUGGCUGCCAUUGAAAAGCUGUUUGAAUGCCAACACAAUAGCGUCCCAAACGAACCGUUAAUCGCAUUAAAGGAUGAGAUUAUGUGUCGUUUAGGCGUCGGUUUGAUGGACACGAACGCCAUAAGCGAGUUGUUUGGGCUCAUGGAUGCCUGGAGUGGACAGUACUCGCAACGGUUGGCCUCGUUUGUGGUCAUACUAUCCAAGUGUUACUCGCAUUACUUCGCCGACCACUCCGUUAUCUGCGACGAGUUGUUA